CUGUGAGGACUGCCAGCAUGCUGUUGCCUCUCAGCAUCACCUUCAUAUAAUCAGUUCAACUGUAGUCACUAUUUAAUGAUCAACUCUGCUAUGCUGUAGAUGGAAUACUAGGCCUGGGGGAGCUUAGAGGAAAAGACAAUGGGGGAUGGGAGUUCAAAUAAUUAUAAGCAGUAAUAAAGUAAAUUAACAAAACCAUAAAAAUUAAACUCCACAGAGUAGCAUUUGAACUUGAUGAGUUUACAGAUAGGUAAAACUAUCUCGCUUUUAAAAUGUGUGUGGACUCCAAAGUAUCCUCACCAUCACAAAGUGUAUUCGGUGAACGAUGUUCAGUCCCUAAAUUUGGAAGUUAGGGCGGCAACUUCUGCGUGAAAUAAGAUAAAAGUAAAAAUCCGCCUCAGUGCAACGCAGAAGACACGAAGAGUCAGGUUUUCUACCCACUCCGUCCUAAUAUCCUCUGAGCGCUUUAACGCUGUCGCUCAAGGAGGCGCGGGCUGCUGCGACGGGGGUGGGCGUCCGGCUCCGGCACGUGCCGUCUGUCUUUCCGGCGCCGGUGAGGGAGCUGGCGGACUUGCGCGAACCUUCGCGGGAGAGCGCCAGGAACGGCAGAUGGUUCCCCCACUCUGAGCCCCUCCCUGCCGCGCUCGCCGGGUCGAGGCUACUCGCAGGGUCGAGGCUACUCUCAGGGCUGAAACCUCUCCGCGCGUGGGGCCCGGCGCCCUGGCCCUCCCGGGUGUAGUCCCGGUCCUGCCUCUGCGGGGCCCGAGCCCGCCCACGUCGCCGGCUGGCCAAGGUGUCCCAGCUGCUCCUUGGCGCCCCCUGGCCCAGCUCCCGCGCCCGAGGUUUCCGGUGAGCGGCAGUAGCCGGUUAUGACGACUCCCUCCUCUGGAACAGCCGCCGUCUCCUCCGCCUCCUCCUCGGUAAUCACCGCUGCCCCGGCUCCAGGCCUGUGGAAAUCGAAUCAAGGGUUUCUGGAGUGGAGUGAGUCCAGCUGCUUUGAUCUGAAGGAAAAGUAACCUGGCCACUAAAGCGUCCCUGUGCCGGAGGAGUGCACCACCCAUCCCCGCGGGCCUUGCAGGAGGACGGACACCAGGAAGGCUUUGUGCCAGGCCCAGUAGCCACCCCCAGCCGCGUUAUGCAAGUGGGUACAUGCCCUCGCCAGACGCCAGCUUUCUGAUCUGCGUCUUUAGAUGUUUUCCCUCGCCUAAGCGUUACUUCUCCACUGAUCGGUUUUAGAGACCGGAAACAUCACAGAAGCUUCUGAGUGGUUCUGAAGAUUGAAGAGGUUUGCAGGUUGCUAUGUUAAUGUUGUUUGUCUUUGGAGUCUUACUUCAUGAAGUCUCACUGAGUGGUCAGAAUGAAGCUCCUCCUGAUACUCACGGCAUUCCGGGCGAACCUCUGUAUGACUAUGCCAGCAUCCGCCUGCCAGAGGAGCACAUUCCCUUCUUUUUGCACAACAAUAGGCAUAUUGCCACUGUCUGUAAGAAAGACUCUCUUUGUCCAUAUAAGAAACACCUAGAAAAGCUAAAGUACUGCUGGGGUUAUGAGAAAUCCUGCAAACCAGAGUUCAGGUUUGGUUACCCAGUUUGCAGCUAUGUCGACAUGGGAUGGACGGACACUCUUGAGUCAGCUGAGGACAUAUUUUGGAAACAAGCUGACUUUGGAUAUGCCAGAGAGAGGCUGGAGGAGAUGCAUGUGCUCUGUCAGCCUAAGGAAACGAGUGACUCAAGUCUGGUGUGUUCCCGUUUUCUUCAGUACUGCAGAGCAGCCCAUCUCUACCUUGAUUUAAGAAACAUCAAGAGAAAUCAUGACAGAUUUAAGGAGGACUUUUUCCAGAGUGGUGAAAUUGGAGGGCACUGUAAACUUGACAUCCGUACAUUGAUGUCUGAAGGUCAGCGCAAAAGCCCUCUGCAAUCAUGGUUUGCUGAGCUACAAAGCUAUACUCAGCUCAACUUCAGACCUAUAGAAGAUGCUAAAUGUGACAUUGUCAUUGAAAAACCAACAUAUUUCAUGAAAUUAGAUGCAGGUGUUAACAUGUAUCACCACUUCUGUGAUUUCAUCAAUCUUUAUAUUACCCAGCACGUUAAUAACUCAUUCAGUACUGACGUGUACAUCGUGAUGUGGGACACCAGUUCUUACGGAUAUGGUGACCUAUUCUCCGACACAUGGAAUGCAUUUACUGAUUAUGACAUUAUACAUUUGAAAACUUAUGAUUCCAAAAGGGUAUGUUUUAAAGAAGCUGUUUUUUCGUUACUCCCCCGCAUGAGGUAUGGGCUGUUCUAUAAUACUCCUCUGAUAUCUGGCUGUCAAAAUACUGGACUAUUCAGGGCAUUUUCCCAGCAUGUGCUACACAGACUAAACAUCACACAAGAAGGACCCAAGGAUGGAAAAAUUCGAGUCACCAUUCUCGCACGGAGCACAGAAUACCGGAAAAUCCUAAACCAAAAUGAGCUUGUAAAUGCACUGAAAACAGUAUCUACAUUUGAAGUCCAGAUUGUUGACUACAAGUAUAGAGAACUUGGGUUUUUAGAUCAACUAAGGAUCACACACAAUACGGACAUAUUUAUUGGAAUGCAUGGAGCUGGUCUGACCCAUUUGCUUUUCCUUCCAGACUGGGCUGCUGUAUUUGAACUGUACAACUGUGAAGAUGAACGCUGUUACUUAGACUUGGCCAGGCUGAGAGGCGUUCACUACAUCACUUGGCGACGGCAGAACAAAGUCUUUCCUCAGGAUAAGGGCCACCAUCCAACCCUGGGGGAGCACCCGAAGUUCACCAACUACUCUUUCGAUGUAGAAGAAUUUAUGUAUCUUGUCCUUCAGGCUGCAGACCACGUAUUGCAACACCCAAAGUGGCCAUUUAAGAAGAAACAUGAUGAGCUAUAAAUAUGUUGAGUCUGUUUGCAAAAAGAGAGUGUUUCAGCACUCCAACACCCAGACUUAGAAUUAAAUCAGUAAAGCAACCUGUUAUUUCCUAUCCCCGAAUUACCUUUGCUAUGCCAAAACAUACCUUCAGGAUAUUGUUAUGUGUUUUAUAGACGUUAAGUGUUUCCUGUGGUUUUUGUGUCAUUGCUAUUUAUCAAUAGCAAUAAUUUUGCACUGAAAACUUUUUAUAGUUCAAAAAUUGAGCAUGGACUUCCCGGUAUACUUUAACUUACUUUCUUUCUUUCUUUCUUUCUUUCUUUCUUUCUUUCUUUCUUUCUUUCUUUCUUU